GCACACUUCAUACUGAGGGGCGAUUGGCCUAUUGUACUGAAUUUUCCACCCUAGACAUGAACCACGGGGAUCACGAUGGGCACGGCGGGCAUGACAUGCCCGAGUCGCAGCCCAUGAAGCGGUGUUCUAUGAACAUGCUCAGGAACACCCAGAUUGAAGACACAUGCAUUGUCUUCCGUUCGUGGCACAUCUCAUCAACGCAUGCCUUCAUCUUCUCUUGCCUGGCCAUCGUUGCCCUCGGCAUACUUUUCGAGUGGCUUCGCGAGGCGCAGAAGAUCUCUGACACCAGAAUUGCCGCUACACUCAGCGGGCAGAACAAAGGCAAGGCGCGCGGCGGGACGGUGAGUGGUCGCAACUCACCUGAAAUCGAGGGCGAAGAGGCGGGAUUGUUGACCGGUGUACGGGCCGUGAAGGGACAUAACGGGACCCGCGUCCCGAUCAGUAUGCGCCUCAGUCGUGCCACGCUCUACGGUGCACAGGUCUUCCUGUCGUUCUUCCUCAUGCUGGUCUUCAUGACAUACAACGCGUACCUCAUUCUGUCCACCGUUCUGGGUGCAAUCAUCGGUCACUACAUCUUCAACUCGCACAUGGAUGUCGAGGCCGUGUUAGCCGGCUCGCUUGGCGCAGGCAAAGGGAUGGCCUGCCACUGAACUCUGUACGACAGAUACUUCUGUACUUUGACCGUCGGAUACCUGGAGUUACGUGUUCAUUUCUCUACAUUCACAAUAGUUUCCGGGUUUGAGGCUGCGUUGUAAUGUCAGGAUCAGGAUCUGCUCUUUUAUGCACUACAAUUCUACCAGCCGAGGGAUCGAAGCGUGAGACUAACGUAGCCUGCGCACGAUCGAGAAGUGCAAGUUGAUAAUGCAGCAGUAACAAAGAACAGAUAUCGAGAGCAAAAGGGAGUAGUGCAACAAGUGAGCGAGGCCCUUGCUCCAGCGCCAAGUAUUCAUGUGAGAUGUAUAAUCAUCGGCAAACAUGCCCGUACUGCGUGGAGGGUCCUUCGCAUUGUUUUUAACUUUUCCUCGGGAAUACACAGCUCAUUUACCGCCUGAUUCCACGAGCGGCAGGAACACCACGACCGCGACGAGCGUUUGCUCUCAUGAUAGUAGCCCUUCCACGAGCCGUACCAAUACCUCUUCCUUUCAUAGCGUUGGGCCCGACACGCUUGAACAUUGGUGCGUUUUGCAGCAUGUCUGGUACAAUAAAGAAGCGAACCAUACUACCGCGGAUGUAUACCUGGUCAAGCUGCGAAACACGACCGUCACGACCGGUUACAGUGAUAUCCUUCAAGGCAAUAUUCAGGUUGUCCUCGGCUUCAGCGAGUUUGCCACGGUAGAGAUGCCCUGUCUUCAGCUCCACGGUGAUAACAUGUCCGAGGGAUUCGUGAAGGAGCUUAACGGGCACACCGAGGCCAGAGGUGGACA